UGCCACUAGUCUCUGUCUUUCUUUCAGGCAGAGAAUAGAAAAGUUAGGGCAAAGUCUGAGUCAGCUCCAGCAGCUACCAGACACUCACAGCAACUCCCUCCACAGUGACAGGUUUCUUCUCUCUCUUUUUCUGCUCUCUCACUCAUUCACUCUCUCUCUCUUUCACACACAGACACACACACACACACACACACACACACACCACCCGUCACUCCUGGCAGAGGGAAGACGGGACCACACGAGAACCGCUACACACCUUUACUUCUAGCUACUUACCCAGCCAUCGUCAGACACUUUGCCCAGGAUGUGGACACUUCUCUUGGGGGUCACCUUUGGAUUACUGGCCUCCUCCAGGUCCGAACAACUUCAAGUGAAUUCUCGCAGCUGCAGCUAUGCCAGGGUAUUUCAUGCUGAGGGAGCAGGCCGUCACACCCUAAACUUUACCAUGGCUCAGAAGGUGUGUGAGCAGCUGCAGAGCAUCUUGGCGAGUCCAGAACAAAUCCAGGAGGCCUAUGAUAAAAACAUGGAAACAUGCAGGUACGGCUGGACCAGUAAUAUGAGCAUUCUCAUCCUCAGACACACGCACCAUGAAAACUGUGCAAAGAACAUGACUGGCUUCAUUAUUAAUUCACAUGUAAAUGUGGACGAUCUCUAUGAUGUCUACUGCUAUGAUGAAAAAGCUGAGCCUGAGAAGGACUGUAGUAAUUUCUUUUCACACCUAAAAGGACACUUACCCUCAGGUGCACCAGAUGAAUCCUCACCACAGCCUCAGGCCCCAACACCAGCAGAGGGCCAAGAAGAGACCACUCCGACAACACGACAUGAGGAUGCUUCUGGUAGUGAGGGUGUUGACCCACCGGUAGACCCUGGGGAAGAUGAUUUUGUGCAUAUGAUGGAAACCACCACUGCUCUCACCUCUGUGGAGCCAGAGGCUUCCACAGUGUUACCUGCUGGUGAAGAAAACCCCUUUGAAGGGAGUGUCACUCCUGGAGAGUUUGACCAGGGCGCUGGAUCUGGGAUGACGUCAACUGAGGAGGGAACAUCUCCAAUAGGCCCUGUUGGAGUGCCAGAUGAAACACAACCUCCCUCCGAAAAUAACGGAGCUGAUGCCACAACAGAGUCUUCACAAAAACCACUUCCUAAUGACAAGGGUCGGGGCACGAGUCCGGGUGGUUCUGAGCCUAAUCAACAGGACAGCAGCAGCUUAUCAAACUGGAUUGUAAUCCUUUUAGUGAUUGUGGCAGUUGCUGCUAUUCUUCUUGUGUGCACAGCUGUUGCCAAAAGAAAGAGCUGGUGCGGCAAAAAGCAGACCCUGAUGAUCACAACCAAAGACAGCGGCGAAGGGAACGGAGCUGCCGCAUCAGCAUCCAGCUCCCAAGCCCAGGAGAGAGAGCAGGAGAUGGUGACCCUCAUGAACAAGGAGAAGAUCCAGGAGAACGGCAACACAGAGGAGUUCACCGUCAUCACGCUAGAGGAGUCGCCAGAUAAAGAACAGCUGGCGUGAGAGAGGAGAGUGUCGAGGCAGACAGGAAAGAGUAGGUGAGGAUAGGGAGGGACCCUGAGUAAGGGUGUAGUGUGUGUUAUUUAGAAAGAUUGUCUAACUGAGGUACAAAGUAUUGUAUUGGGUGUGAAACUGUUGCCUCUCAGUGGGGACUUUUAAGACAACAUGUGCAGCAUUUUGUUUGUCUGGUGUACCUGGUUAGCUAGGACUGAAUGGCAGUCUAAGAGUUUCAUGCAUGGCAGUGUAUUAUGCCUUGGUGCAUAGCAGGAUGUGUGAAUGUGUUUUGUGUAUUUGUGUUUGAGUUAUAUUCUUUGGUGAUGAUAAGGGGCUGGAUAGACAUGGGUUUUUAAAGGGAGGGGGUGGUGAAGUGAAGAACAUAUUGAUGACAGUAUGAUUGCCUAAUUUUCAGCCUAAAUAGGAAAUAAUACAUCAAUGAUGACAACUGGGUUAUUUUAUUGGAGAUACAACAGAUAGAAAAAUAAUAAUAAUUUGGAGCAAAAACGACCUUUGAUGUUUUCCAUGUGUUUCAUGUCUUUUUUAUUGCUUAUUGUUGUUAACCUUGUGUAUAUUUCAGACAUUGCCUGGACUGGAGUUUGGUUUUUCCAUUUUCAAGACAACUGGGGAUGUCGCUACCUUAAUUUAUGCAGUUUGGAUUCCCUUUUUCUUGGUCUCUGUAUAUAAAGUAUAUGUUUUGGAAAUGCCUUAGCAAUAGCUGCUAGUGCUUUAUGUUGUUUGGUAGAAAGGGGAUUUGUAUCCCUUUUAAAUAAAGGAAUGUGUCUUGUUUUGAGAGUUAUUUAAUUAGAAAACAGAGGUAAACAGUUCAGUGAAUGCAUUUUGCAAUAGUUAAAAGUGGAGUGGAUAUUGUAUGAAUUGAUGUAUAGCAUUCAAAACUGUGCAAUUGGUGCACCAUUUAUGUCAGUUAUGUUAAUAUGGUAUACCUUUAUAUUGGGUUGGAAAAAUGAUGCUAUGAAGUUCCUGAUGUUAUCCUGAGGAUAAGUAGAAUGAUAAAGAUUAUGUAUACCUACUGUAUACACAGUGUGUACAUUGAUUAAGGAAAAAAGAAAGAGCAAAAGAAAAACUUGGGUAAAUUAAUCAUUUUCUGAAAGCAAGAUUUAAGCUCAACCGUGACAAGUGAUUGGCAGCGGCCUAGCUUUAGAUGCUAAACUACAUAGCACAUAUGAUAAUGGGGGCCCCCAUGUGCUGUAAACACAUGAAAUGUAAAGGUUUCUUCAUAAGAAAGGGGCUGUGACAACGUCGUCUAUGGGCUCCUGAGGGGGAGGGGUGUGAUGAAUGAAGCUUGUGUGCCUGCCAAGGCCUCACUGUGCCAUUCCCUGUACAUUUCACACAUGUAAACAAAAUGCUGCAGUUUUUCUACUGACCUUAUCAUUGGUGAAAUAUAUCAUACAUUGUGUCAUACCAAUAUUAAUUCCUUUGUGACAGCUAAUUCUUUCUUUUUGUCUGUAUCAGCUGAAAUACGUACAGCGAUUGCGAACUGUUUGUUUUUUUUCUGACUUGUUGCAUUUUUUUCUCUUAAGAUUAAUUUUGAGGAGAAGUAGCAAAUGUACUAGUAUAGGCAGGUUUUAUGACACAUUUACAAAAGUUGCUGAAAAGAUUUGUAAAGCCAUGAACGAAAAUAAAUGUGUAUAGAAAGAGA